GGUGCGCGGGCCUCUCACCAUCGCGGCCUCUCCCGUUGCAGAGCACAGGCUCCAGACGCGCAGGCCAGUAAUUGUGGCUCACGGGCCCAGCUGCUCCGCGGCAUGUGGGAUCUUCCCAGACCAGGGCUGGAACCCGUGUCCCCCGCAUUGGCAGGCAGAUUCUCAACCACUGCGCCACCAGGGAAGCCCCAGAGUUCAUUCUUUUAUUUUCUCUUGGGAGGAGAAGGUGGUGAGCUCCAGCUUCCCCUUCAUGUCUACACCUUUGAGAUUUUGUGGCCACUUAGAAAUGUGACCAGUUGCUGUCUCAGUGUCCACAAGUGAGUGAGUGGGCAGGGGAGCAGGGUAGAAACAAGUGUUGGCCUUAUUUUCUUUCCACGUGAAUAAAGAAGUGAUGUUUUGAAGUGCACGCAACUGUGAUUCCACAAGGGGCCAAGCUGCCCUCCAGUAGCCUGUUGAUUACAGAAUUGUGUCCAUCCAGCACAGCUUAUCACCUUGAACAUACCGUGCCUUUUUUCAGCUAAUAGCAGUCAGGCUACUUUGUUUUUAUUUGAUUUUAAUCUGGGCUAGAGUUGCAUACAGAAUUUCACUGAUAGUUAAGUUUGUCCACCUCUCCACAUUAAACUUGAUUUCUUGGGUGUUUUUAAGCAGCAAAUUAUCAUACUAAAGAUGCUAUUUAAAAAAAUAACUAUUUGACCAGAACACUCAGCUGUACGUGUUUGUUCUCAGGUAUUCUCAAAGAUGGCUCCCUAACGGUACUUGACAGAGGAAUAGAAUGCAGCAAGUGAAGGCCUGCCUCUUCCUCCCCUCACCCACCCUCCCUGCUCUCACAGGAGCUGACCCCUGGCCCCUUUCAGGAACUUCACUCCUACAGUCAUCUCUGUCCUGUGUCGUCACUCUCCCCACCUCUGCUCCAUCAUUUCCUACCUUUAUGUCACCUGUGUUAAAAAGAAAAAGCUGCUUAACCCUUGAGUUGCUCCCCUUCACAACAGAAAUGAAGAGCAGUCUAUACUCAUUCUCUCCACCUCCUCUUGUCCCAUCUGCUCCCUUUUUUAAAUAAAAAAAGAUAUGUGUGAAAACACAAUCAAGAACGAGAAACUAAACACAACAUAUUUCCCCAUCCAGAGAUGACCACUUGAUACUUUAUUGUAUAUCUUUCAGAUAGUUUUCUAUGGACACAUACAUAUCUAGAUGAUUUUUUGUUUUGCUUUUUGCCCAAAUGAGGUCACACUGUACAUGCUUUUUAUAACCUACAUUUUUCAGUUAAUGGUCUCUAGCUGUCCAUGUCGGUAAGUUUUCAUCUGGUUUAAUACCCAGGGCCUUGGGAUUUCCCUAGUGUCCCCAAAGUCCUUUUACUAGUGUGUCCUGCCAGGAUCUAGUUGAAGCUCUUGCAUUCCUGGUGUCUGGUUUCUGGUUGUCAUGUUCUUAAGAAUCUUUUAAUCCUCCAUGACACCAGGAUUGUCAGGCAGGUUGGCCUGCAGGAUGUGCACCCUCUAGCUCUGCGUGGCUGCUUCCACAGGGUUGCAUUGACCGUGCUCUCCAUCUCCAGUAUUUCUUGGAUCUGGAAUGCAUAUCCAAAGGUUUGAUAGAUUCACCCACAUCUUUUGGUUAUAAUACAUUUAAGUGAUAGUGUGUUCUUCAUAUGAACUCACACCGGAAGACAUUUCAUAUCUUUUUGACCCACUGUCACCGAUGCUAAAAUUGACCUCUGGGUUCGGAUGAUGCCAGUCCAGUCCUCUGUCACACAGUCGUGUUUUUCUCAUGACUAGAAAGUCAUCCACAUGGGCUUACUUUGGCAGGGGGCCCAUCUACCACAUAUCUCGUGCAGUUAACCCCAGGUGAUAAUCCUUGCCAUGAGCAGGAAUUUCACAAGGGCUUAGUUCAGCCAUCCCACUGACAUCAUUCGCUGUCACUCUGCUCUCAAGGAGAGCUUCCCGGAUCCGCUCUGGCUGAAAGGCAGGCUCCACGUGUUGUUCCUUCCCUUCAGCAACCAGUGCUCAAGAGUAGGGUGUGGGUUCAAUCCCUACCUCAAAUGGUAUCACAAGAAGGUUUAUAUUUCUGACUUUCUCUUUCUUUGGGUAUUUCCAGUCAUUCUUUUGGAGACUUAAAUUGCUGUAACUGUGGCCAGGGAAGCUCCUUAAAGCUGAUUCCUUCCAGUCCUUUCUACUGACUUCAUUAAGUUUUUAACUUUUUAUUUUGAAAUAAUUUCAGGCUGACAGAAAAGUUGCAAAAAUAGUCCAAAGGAUUCUUGUAUACCUUUCCUCACCCCAACUCCCCAAAGGUUAACAUCUUACCACAUGUGCUUGAGCCUUCUCUGCAUACAUACAGCUAUACAUGCAUGCAUGCACAUUUGCUUAUAUAGAUGCAUGUGUUACUGUAUACACACAUUUAUGCUGGCAUAUAGUCACGAAUUUCCCCCCACUGAUUGUUUUUACAUGCAACCAGAUUUUUUUUUAAACAAAUUAUUUAUUUAUUUAUUUAUUUAUUUAUGGCUGCAUUGGGUCUUCGUUGCUGUGCGUGGCCUUUCCCUAGUUGCGAAUACACCCGGAAUAGUUUCAGAAUCACUACAUCCAAACCACUACCAAUCAAAACCUACCAGGUCAAGUUCAGGAUUUCUUUGGCUGUAAAGUCAUCACUAUGCAUGCCCCGGACACUGAGCACCUCCGACAUGGUCACUCCAGGCAGCCUCGGCCCACCCCCUCCUGAGCCCACGGAUGGUGAGCAGGCCGGGCAGCCCCUCCUGGAUGGAGCUCCAUCCUCAGCCUCCCUGGACGCCCUGAUCGAGCAACUGGUGCCCAAAGCUGACUACUACCCUGAGAAAGCCUACAUCUUUACCUUCCUGCUGAGCUCCCGCCUCUUCAUCGAGCCCCGGGAGCUCCUGGCCCGGGUCUGCCACUUGUGCAUCGAGCAGCAGCAGCUGGACAAGCCAGUGCUGGACAAGGCCCAGGUCCGGAAGUUUGGCCCCAAACUGCUCCAGUUGUUGGCCGAGUGGACAGAGACGUUCCCGCGGGACUUCCAGGAGGAGUCGACCAUCAGUCACCUGAAGGACGUGGUGGGCCGUAUCGCCCCCUGUGACGAGGCAUACCGAAGGAGGAUGCAUCAGCUCCUGCAGGCUCUGCACCAGAAGCUGGCGGCUCUGGGCCAGGGGCCGGAAAGCCUGCUGGGCACUGACAAGCCCGUCUCCUACAGGAACAAGCCUCCAGCCUCUAUCCACAGGGAGCUCCUCAACAUCUGCAGUGACCCCUACACACUGGCUCAGCAGCUGACCCACGUGGAGCUGGAACGGCUACGACACAUUGGACCUGAGGAGUUUGUCCAGGCUUUUGUGAACAAGGACCCUCUGGCCAGCACAAAGCCUUGUUUCAGUGACAAGACUAACAACCUGGAAGCUUACGUGAAAUGGUUCAACAGAUUGUGCUACCUCGUGGCCACUGAGAUCUGCAUGCCGGCCAAGAAGAAACAGAGGGCCCAGGUGAUUGAGUUCUUCAUCGACGUAGCCCGUGAGUGCUUCAACAUCGGCAACUUCAACUCCCUAAUGGCCAUCAUCUCUGGCAUGAACAUGAGCCCUGUCUCAAGGCUGAAGAAGACCUGGGCCAAAGUGAAGACAGCCAAGUUUUUCAUCCUCGAGCACCAGAUGGACCCAACAGGGAAUUUCUGCAACUACAGAACAGCCCUACGCGGGGCAGCCCACCGCUCCCUGACCGCCCACAGCAGCCGGGAGAAGAUCGUCAUCCCCUUCUUCAGCCUGCUCAUCAAAGACAUCUACUUCCUAAACGAAGGCUGUGCCAACCGCCUCCCCAAUGGACACGUCAACUUUGAGAAAUUUCUGGAGCUGGCCAAGCAAGUAGGAGAGUUCAUCACAUGGAAACAAGUGGAGUGUCCCUUCGAGCAAGACCCCAGCAUCACCCACUACCUGCACACUGCUCCCAUCUUCAGCGAGGAUGGUCUUUAUUUGGCUUCUUAUGAAAGUGAGAGCCCAGAGAACCAAACAGAAAAAGAGAGGUGGAAAUCUCUAAGGUCUUCUAUUCUGGGGAAGACGUGAAAAGCACUGAGCUGGAGGAGGAUGGGGAGGAGGAGGAGGAGAGGAAGCCAGCAGAAGCCUUCUGCCGCCCUGCCCCAGCCAGCCCAGUGGGAGGAGGAGGCACUGGUGCCUCGCUGCUUUGCAAACCGUGACCCUGUGGCCUGGUGCCCAUCACAGUGACCACACAGCACAGGAGACCUUUCUCCACCUUUUGUGGAACCUCAGCCCUGGAAGGGCCCAGAGCCUCCAAACACAGGGGUGGCACGUGCCUCAGGGGCCCUGCCUUCAGGACAGUGGUGCUCACAUUGUUGGUCAGUCUGUCUGUCCUCGGCGAUGACCCAAGGGGUUGGGUGACUGCAGUGUCACUCUCGGUGGGUGACUCGUGCCAUGGAGACAGACACCCAGUCCAUCUCCAGGUGGCCUGGGAGCCUCUGUCUCUCCAGCGAGCAUCACCAUGACGUGAGAAGGGCCAGAGCCCACCAGUGGCCCCUGCCAUUCUACUGAUGGACCUGACCCUGCCCCUUGAGAUGGGCUGGCUUCUGCAGCCCCGUGCACCCCUUUUUUGCAUCCUGCUGGUAUCGGGAUAGCUUUCUGGUGACCGCUAUGAUGCUGGUCAGCAGGACAAAUUUGAGUCAUGGACUUGACAGUGUGUACAGUACAUUGUAAAUUUUAGAGUUGGUAUAAACACAUUGGUAUACCCUGCGUA